GCAGAGCAGGGUGGAUGACAUCAUGGGCUAGGGAACAGUGAGCAGCCAGUGAAGCAUCCAGCCUGCCGAACAAGCUUGCUUUUAGGGUCAGGAACUGGUCUGACAAGAGAAUGGCAAUCCUGCCUUUAAACUGUCAUUAGGACUGUACGGAUGACGAUGAAUCUACCCGAGCUGCGGGCCCAAAGGCGAAACACUGAGCAAGAGAAUGUGAAGACAUAUUUCAGGACAUUGUGAGUGUUACUAAAGAUGUCUGAUAGUGUCGAUAUUGAAGAGAAACCACCAGCCCCCCCCUUGAGAAUGAACAGUAGUUCCCGAGACUCUUCAUCAUUGAAUCACGCCUCUAAACCGCUUCCAAUGGCUCCUGAAGAGAAGAACAAGAAAGUCCGUCUGCGCUCCAUCUUCCCCGGGGGAGAUAAGACAAACAAGAAGAAGGAGAAGGAACGUCCUGAGAUAUCCCUACCCUCAGACUUUGAACACACCAUUCAUGUUGGCUUUGAUGCUGUAACGGGAGAAUUCACAGGCAUCCCGGAGCAAUGGGCCCGGCUCCUACAGACCUCGAACAUCACCAAGCUGGAGCAGAAGAAGAACCCGCAGGCCGUGUUGGACGUCCUAAAGUUCUACGACUCCAAAGAGACGGUCAACAACCAGAAAUACAUGAGCUUCACCUCGGGAGACAAGUCGGCACAUGGGUACAUAGCAGCAAACACUCUGAACCGACUGCUGUCCUCUGGGCCUCCUGUCAGCCUUAGAACCUGCAGCGCAUUAUUUGACAAGGGUGCCAAGACAUCAUCGUCAGAGCCCCCGAUCGCUCCACCUGUGUCAGAAGAGGAGGAUGAGGAAGAGGAAGAAGAGGAGGAGGAGGAGGAGGAAGAGGACGAUGACGACGAGAUGCCUCCAGUCAUCGCACCUCGGCCCGAGCACACCAAAUCUAUCUACACGCGCUCUGUCUUGGAGCCGAAGCCUCCCGCCCCUGUGAAAGAAGUCGUGACUCCACCGGAGUCGCAGGUCCAGCCGGAGAACACGUCCAACACAAUGUAUCGCCACACUGACCGCCAGAGGAAGAAGUCCAAAAUGACAGAUGAGGAAAUUCUGGAGAGACUCAGGAGUAUUGUGAGCGUGGGGGAUCCCAAGAAGAAGUACACACGAUUCGAGAAAAUAGGACAAGGAGCGUCCGGCACUGUGUACACUGCCAUCGACAUCGCCACCGGCCAAGAGGUGGCCAUCAAGCAGAUGAACCUGCAGCAGCAGCCCAAGAAAGAGCUGAUCAUCAACGAGAUCCUCGUGAUGAGGGAAAACAAAAACUCCAAUAUAGUGAACUACCUGGACAGUUACUUGGUAGGAGAUGAGCUAUGGGUGGUGAUGGAGUAUCUGGCCGGUGGCUCGCUGACAGAUGUAGUGACUGAGACCUGCAUGGACGAGGGCCAGAUUGCUGCAGUCUGCAGAGAGUGUCUUCAAGCCCUGGAUUUCCUACACUCCAACCAGGUGAUCCAUAGAGAUAUAAAAAGUGACAACAUCCUCUUGGGCAUGGACGGCUCCGUCAAGCUCACCGACUUCGGCUUCUGUGCCCAGAUCACUCCGGAGCAGAACAAGCGCAGCACGAUGGUGGGAACACCCUACUGGAUGGCACCGGAGGUGGUGACUCGGAAGGCUUACGGCCCAAAAGUGGAUAUCUGGUCUCUAGGGAUCAUGGCGAUAGAGAUGGUGGAGGGAGAACCGCCCUACCUGAACGAGAAUCCACUCAGGGCGCUGUACCUGAUAGCUACCAACGGGACUCCAGAGCUGCAGAACCCCGAGAGGCUGUCGUCUGUGUUCAGAGACUUCCUCAACCGCUGUCUGGAGAUGGAUGUGGACCGCAGAGGCUCUGCAAAGGAGCUGCUCCAGCAUUCCUUCCUCAAGCUGGCAAAGCCUCUAUCCAGCCUGACGCCUCUGAUUGUAGCUGCGAAGGAAGCCAUAAAGAACAGCAGUCGCUAGGAUGUGCCCUCUGUCCCCACCCGAGGCUGGAGCCCUGCCUGAGAUGUGUGCGUUCAUGGGGGCAGGGGCUUGAGUGCAUGGUUGGUGGGUGAUGUGACAGUGACAGCACAAGGAGGGGCGGUGGGGGGGGGUUUCUGUGACUUACCGUGACAGCACAAGGACAAAAGACCCCCAGGCCUCUUAUGUAGGACGGACAUCUGGCCUUGCAGCCUCUCGGCCCAUGCUGCUGAAAAGACCUUGCCUCCUUGUUUACUUCUCCAGCACUCUGUACAUGUAGAGCAGUCCAUCAUAAGUGUGUGUGUGUGUGUGUGCGUGUGUGUGCGCGUGUGUGUGUGUGUGUGUGUGUGUACCAACUGUGCACAUCUCUUUGUGUCAUAUGUCUUGUUUGGCAGCAGUCGCUCCCCAAACCAAGACAAUAACGGUGAAAAAAUCGAAACGAACGUGCUCAUUUUCAAGAAGAAACUCCGGCAGCGAAGAGGAGAAACUUGACAAAACUAAACAGCCUUUGAUUCCUUCCUCUACCCAGCUUAAGGCUCGGAUUUCUUUCCUCUCGUCCCUCCAUGGAGCACAAUCAGGCCACACUUGCACCUGCAGUGACCAGCUGAUGUGAGAGAGUGACUCUGGGACCUUUGCCUGCAUGACUACGGCUCUGUGGAGAAACUCUGCUACUCCUCUGCAGAUUGUCACAUCUCAAGGUGGCAUAUUUAUGUGUGUGAGUGUGUGCAUGAAUGUGUGUAGGGGUGCAGCUACAGGGGAAUAAGUCAGGAAUAAUUUCACACGACCUAUGCCAGCUUUAAACAUCAAACAUCAAACUGCUUCAGAGAACGGGUCCCAUAUUUCAUUUGAGCCGAUUUCUUUCAGGCUGCCUCUGUCGUAGAGCCUUUGGAGUUCAGGUUAACUGCAGUUAAUUUAUUUAUUUUCUCCCUAAAAUAAUCUUCUGAUUAUUCAAAAAUCCUGAAACACUAUUGAUGCCCAAUUUGCCUACAUAAAACAUUAAGUUUUGCACAUGCAGAUAUUUAAUUUAAGAUAUAUAAUAUUGUACUUUCUUAUCUAUUUAAAGAGAAACAAUGAUGUGUUGCACAUUUUAAUCAACAUUUGGUACUCAACACGUAUUCCACAUGGCAGAAAUGAUUAAAAAAAAUUAUAAAAUAUUGUCAGCUUCAUUACUAAUGCAAGCAAUUUAUCUGCCAAUUUGACUAAUGACCCUACCAUGCAUGCACACAUACUGUACAUGUACUGCAGCAGUCAUUGUGUACAAGCAUCUCAGAUAGGAUUAUCCAUUGAUAUUCGACAUGUGUCGCUCUUAUUAUUUUAAUUACAUCUGAUAAUUAUGUAUGGAAUAGAAAGACAAAUUCUAGAUCAGAGAGAAAUAUAAAUGCUGUCACUUAAAUAUCUAUAUUUAGUGAUGGAUUGUCCUUUUUCAGGUGCUGGUACACAGUCAAGGAACAUUUCAGCCUUUCAAAUAAGCUUUUUUUUUUGUGGCGAACAGAAGGUCAUGUUUAUAAGGUCCACACAUUGUCACAGUUUCCCAUCAUGCCCCACACAUCCCUGUGACCUUAAACCUCAAAUGCAGGAAAGAUGACAAAAAUAUAAUGCCAAAAAAUAAAUAAAUAAACGGUAGAUAUGUAUUCAAUCCAAAAUGGUCAGUUAGAACGUUAAAUUGUGAAGGAAGAAAACAUUUUCCUCGUCUUGCCAUUUAAUCAGUUAUCUGUGGACACUUAAAAUAACUUUAAAGUAUGAAAAUAAAUAUACAGAAGCCCUCAGAGGAAAGCGAGAAAAAAAACAUUUUGAGACAUUUUCUAAGUGUGAUCUAAAGUGUCUUCCUCCCUGUCAUUAUAACUUAAGAAACAUGUGAAAAUGCCGUUUUUUAGGAUCUUUUUUCACCAGAUCUCCAGUCAUAAACACAGGAGUGAAACAUUUUAGAUCAGAUUUAGUAACCGUAUGACAGUUUUCCUCUCACUUGCCCCUCAGGGCUUCCAUAAGAAUGUAAAAUGCAGAUAAAAGAAGUUAUUCACCCUUCUCCAAUUGUCUUGUGAUAAUCCGGAAUACAUUAUGUGACUCUGCCUACACAUGUUUGAACUGAAUGCCAACAGAAACCUGGCCUACCUGUUCAGGUGAAACAUUCACAUCCCCCUUUUUCUCCUUUCAAACUGCUGCUCAUUCAUGCUUCAGUGUCCUUUUGUCUUUUUAAUGGUGUCUUAUGUGUCUUUUUUUCUUAUGAUCUGUGCGUUUUUGUAGUGAGCUUUUGGAACGUGUGGCAGAUCAGAGAGGGGGAAUGUUAUCCACUGAGAGAAAGUAGUGGAGUGGGUGCCAUUUUAAUGAUUGUACCUUGUCCUAACGAGCACUGAAAAUAGAAACCGUAUUGUUUGCUGACAUUCCUUUCAUACCUGGUUAGCGUUUAAACUCAUUCCUGUACAGAAGUUAUCUAAUCUGUGUCGCUAUUUGGUAGCUUCGUCAGGCAUUUCCCAUGUAGCAUCCCUCUGUGAGUGAGUGUGUGUGUGUGUAAGUGAGUGUGUGUGUUAGGGGGCUACCUCAAUCUGCACUAGAAGAUGCCUCACUCGUGUUGUCCACCUUGACUUUGAGGUGCAGGGUAGCUGCUUAGUCAUAUUGUACCUCCAUUGUACAGCAAAGAUGAAGGAGUGAUGUUAGACAGGAGGAUGCAACAGAACUCAUGCAUGUAAAACAAACUAUACACUGUAUCUCAUCUUCAAAUAGGUUAAGAUUGUUAGGAUAUGUAUGUAUGUAUGUAAAUACCCCUUUUUCAGAAUUAUGUAAGUUAAAAUGACAAUAUUCAGGUUGCUCUAUGGUAUGUAUCAAUAAAUGUUUUGCACCCUGAAAAUCAAAAAAGAGAAAAUACACACACGCUGUCUCUGCACUCCUGGAUCUCCUGUUUUGGGCUUUAUCGGACACUCCUUCAUCUGGACAGAGAGACGAUGAACGCAGCGCUCUGUGUGCAGGCCCACACAGUCUGUCCCGAGUACCACUGCUGAGUGUUAGUACAUGUAUGUGUGUGUGCGGUAGGUAGGUAGAUAGGUAGAUAGGUAGGUAGGUGUGGGUGGCCUGACAGGAAGCUCGGCCAGGACCCUGGGACGUUUGGCCUCUGCUGCCCCCCAUGUACAGGUCUGAACUAUGAGCACAAAGGUGAAUUUUGGGACGAGACGCCGCUGACGUGCCCCUUUUCUGUGGUUGCUCCUGUACAUUCCUAUCUUCUGAAUGUGUAAACCUGUACACGUGGUGUGAAAAUUCCUCUAUUAAUGUGUAUCAAGAGAAUGGAACAAAGACAAAAAAUGUUACUUUUUAAAUUAUUAUUAUCAUUAUUAUUAUUAUUAUUAUUACUCUUAUUAUUGUCUAGCUUUGUAAAACUGCUGAUCCAUCUGGCAUACCUCAGCAGGCCUUUCCCCAUCUUUGAAAAAGGACAAAUGAGUGACGGGGAAAUGAGGUUUUGGAUAAACUAUUUUUAAUUGUGGUUGAAGCAAUAGACUUUUUGAACUUUGAAUUGUGCAUGGCUGUGUCUUGAGUGUAAAAAAAAACAAAAUAUUGCAGUUUGGGAACUGGACUGAAAUAAAAAGAGGAAGAAAACCA